AUGCCAUUUCAUCUGCUACCUCGAGGCUCGCCGCCGCAUCCCGAUGUUUUAACGAUACCCACACCUCCACUUCAAGAGACUGCAAUUAUAAUCGUCUUCUUCUUCCCAGCCCUAUCGAUCUGCACAUUUGGCCUGCGAGCAUAUGGUCGGAUAAGUACUCGUCAAUGGGGACUAGGUAAGCUAAUAGCUGAGCAGCUUUUUGCAGUCUUAAUGACACCUCCUCUGUUUAUGUUUAUCAAGCUCAAUUAUUUCGGAUGGAGAGCUGAAAAUGUCCCCAAGGAUUUAGACAACAAGGCCGGGCUGUGGUGGAACUUCUUGGUACAGAUGGCCUAUAAUCCAGUUCUCGCUUUGGUCAAGGCAUCGGUAUUGGUAUUUCUACUCCGACUAGGUGGCCAAAAGCGAGGCGUUCGAACUGCCAUUAUCGGAUUGAACAUCUUCAACGCCUGUCACGCCGUCGCCGUGUUCUUUACCGCCUUGUUCCAGUGCCUACCGAUGGAAGCCAACUGGGACUUCUCUCUGCGAGGCCAACCAGGAACAAAGUGCGUCGACAACUCGUUCCACGUCAUUGCAUCUUGUAUAACGAUUGUCUCGGACGUGCUGGUACUCGCUUUGCCUUUUUGGAUAUUUCUUGGGCUUAAGAUGCCAUUGGCGGCAAAAAUGGCAGUCAUUGGGGUUUUCCUAAUGGGUCUUGUAGUUACGGUUGUUGCAGUCAUCCGAGUCAUCCAGAUUUACAAGCUAUUCUUCGUCCCAUCACCUCCAGGAACCGAUCAUUUUCACAACAUUGGCCUCGUGAGCUCUACCAUCGAGGUUAAUCUGGCUAUUUUUUGCGCCUGUAUUCCUGCAUUGCGGCCUUUGUUCCGCCGAUGGAUGCCGAAGCUGUUUGGUGGCACGACCAAGAAGACUACCGGGAAAGGAUACUACGGGAAAUACGCCACUGGCUCGUUACGAAACCCAACAGGUAUACAAGAGGGCAACGAUAUUACGCUCAAGGAGAUGCGCUCACGCGCGCACUGCACGGAAAUACGCAGUGUUUCCCCAUCAGGUUCUGAAGAGGAAAUCAUGACAUACAACGGAAUCGUCAGAACAACAAACGUCAACGUCCAGUACGAAUCAAAUACCAGCGUAAACGACAUGGAAUCUCGUCACUCGAGCGAAUACAAAACGGCCGAUAAGCCAACGAAGGGGGCAGCUUUCUAA